UUGUAUUGUUUGGUGUUGGAAACAUUCUUAGAGCCUGCUCUAACAUGUGGGCGCACUCGCAGUGUCAGUCCAGUUGUGCGCUCUCGCUGGAGAGGCUUUUUGUUGGGAAGUUUCUGUAAGUGAGUCAACACGGCACAGGGAGGACGCCACCCAGCCCUGUCGCUGGAUCUAAUGCUGGGCUUUUUUUCUUGUCCUCCGAGGACACAGGACACAACGACAACUUCACUCCGAACCUCUUCACAACGACUGUGGAUUUAGUUUUUCACCUUGGCGCAGCGGGGAUGUUUUUAGGCGUUUUGACGCGGCUUUUUCCUCACUGGAAUUAACGCGGCGGAGGAGAAAUGAAAGUGACGGUUUGUUUCGGGAGGACCCGGGUGGUCGUUCCGUGUGGGGAUGGGAAUGUAAAAGUCCUCAACCUUAUCGAACAAGCAGCCAUGAGAUAUAAAAAGGCGAUCGCAAAGGACCCCAGCUACUGGGUCCAGGUCCACAGGCUGGAACAUGGAGAUGGAGGCAUUUUAGACCUGGACGACAUGCUGUGUGACGUGGUGGAUGACAAAGACAGGCUGGUGGCAGUAUAUGAAGAGCAGGAUCCUCACAACGGAGGGGACGGUACCAGUGCCAGCUCCACAGGUACACACAGCCCUGAACUCUUCUCCAGUGAUGUGAGUUCGGCAUCGGCCUUCCAGCCUUACCAGACGAACAGUGAGAUCGAAGUCACCCCGACCGCUCUGCGAUCCAAUAUGCCUCUCCAUGUCCGUCGCAGCAGCGAUCCAUCCCUGGCUGGUCUUCCUCCAGGUGAAGUCCCAGUGGGUCCAGAGGAACCAUCCAGAAAGAACCCAGCUCGCUGGUCUACAACUGCUGGCCUCCAAAAGCACCACCACAAAACAACCAUGAGCACCGGCACCAGCAGCCUGGAACGAAAGGGUAGGGGAGGCCAUGCCUAUCGCAGUCUUCCUCGUGAUGCAAGUGGCUGGACCACUCAGUUCCAGAGAGAGAUGACUCGAUCUUCCCUCAGUGCCAACCAUCCAAUGGUGGACCGAUGGCUUGACCGGCAGGAACAGGAGGAGGAGGAAGAAGAGCGCAUGAAACAAGAAAGGAGAAUUGAACGGAUAGAGCCAGUAGGGAGGGCUGAUUCCUCAUUGGAGCAUUCACCUGUGUUAAGCCUAGAGAGCAUGCUCACGCCGGUCAAGGUGUCCAAUGAAGGCGGGCCCCUGGGGAUCCACGUAGUGCCUUUCAGUUCGCAGGAUGUCAGGACUCAGGGCUUGCUGGUGAAGCGUCUGGAGCGCGGGGGAAAAGCCGAGCAGGAGCGUCUCUUCAAGGAGAACGACUGCAUCAUCAAAAUUAAUCAGGGAGACAUUCGCCACCUGCGCUUCGAACAAGCCCAGAACAUUUUCAGACAAGCGAUGCGUUGCCCAGUCAUCAUCUUCCACGUGGUCCCCGCAGACAUAAAGAGGCAGUAUGAGCUGCUUUCGGCCCAGAGCGAGCUCAGCCCGGCCCAGUCCAACAGAGUCCGCUUUAGUCAGGACUCUCAACAGCCUGGGGACAGGUCCAGUCUUGUGGGGAGUAUGAUGUCAAGAUCUGGGCCACAAGCAGGACUCAACCACAAUCACCAGGGACCUCUGGCAGGAAGCACCCCGGAGCCAAGUCGACGGUACGCCACGUUACCCCACACCUUGGUCUCCAGGAGCUCGUCAGCCCCCUCCCCGUCCUUGCAGCGCAGGAUAAGCACAAACCCGUCCACCAGCUCCUACCUGAAGAACAAAGGUCGCAGAUUCAACAUUCAGCUUAAGAAAGGUCCAGAGGGUCUUGGGUUCAGCAUCACAUCCAGAGAUGUCCCCAUUGGUGGAAGUGCCCCCAUUUAUGUCAAAAACAUCCUUCCUCGAGGGGCCGCGAUCCAAGAUGGCCGGUUAAAAGCUGGAGACCGGCUGCUGGAGGUUAGUGGAGUGGACCUUAAUGGUAAGAGCCAGGAAGAGGUGGUGGCCCUGCUCCGAGCCACGCCCAUGGGCGGGGCUGUGAACCUGUCGGUGAUUCGCCAAGAGGACUCCCUGCUGCCUCGAGAAGUGCAACCAGAAGACGAUGACAUGGUGUUAACGCCUGAUGGUUCCCAAGAAUUUAUGACCUUUGAGAUCCCUCUGAACGACUCAGGCUCAGCAGGCCUGGGGGUCAGCGUCAAGGGUAACCGGUCCAAGGAGAACCACACCGACUUGGGCAUCUUUGUGAAAUCUAUUAUCAAUGGAGGUGCUGCUAGCAAGGAUGGGCGUCUACGUGUGAACGACCAACUAAUCGCAGUCAACGGGGAGUCUUUGCAUGGGAUGACCAACCAGGACGCAAUGGAAACACUGCGUAAAUCCAUGUCUGUAGAGGGCAACAAGCGAGGGAUGAUUCAGCUCAUUGUGGCCCGACUGGUGUCCAAACACAAUGAGGAAGCCCCUGGCAGCCCUCCGGUUUUAGAGCAUCCUGUGAACUCUCUACUGGACAACCAUGAGCGUCGGAUUUCCCACUCCCUGUAUGAAACCAUCGAAGGGUUGGACAACAACUCCACACCACUGCCUAAUAUGAUCGGACGCAUUGGGAACUACCAGCUCUCUCCGACUGUUAACAUGCCGCAGGACGACAUAGUGAUGAUCGAGGACGAUAGGCCACCCCUGCUUCCUGCCCACCUUUCUGACCAAUCGUCCUCCAGUUCCCACGAUGACAUGGGCUUCGUGGGGGAGAACCCGGUGUCCUGGAUCCACGAGCUGCCCGGUCAAAAUGAAUGCUCGCUCAGUCCAGAUGCUGACCCGGACGGUUCAUUCCAGAGGGAGGGCUUCGGCCGUCAGAGUAUGUCAGAAAAACGCACCAAACAGUAUGAGAAUGCUUCUCAGCUGGAGAUCGUCAAGUCGCGCAAGUCCAAGAGCAUGGAUCUAGGUUCGGCAGAACAAGAGGUCGGACCCUCCCUAGGCCUGAAAAAGUCCAGUUCCCUUGAGAGCCUCCAGACAGCUGUUGCCGAGGCAACGCUGAACGGUGAGAUCAACGUGAACAGACCACGAUCACGGAUCGCCAGGGGCCGUGGCUGCAAUGAGAGCUUCCGGGCUGCAAUUGACAAAUCAUACGAGAAACCUGGUGUCACAACGGCAGAAGAAGAGAACAGCAUGGAGACAUUGGACGAGGACACAGAGGGAAGUUCCAGGUCAGGUCGUGAGUCGAUGUCCACCAGCGGAGACCUCAUUGUGGGCCCCGGGAUGAAUGGCAACCUCUCCAAAGAUGACAGACAGAGAGAUCGGGACAAGGGGAAUGAAAAGAAGAAACCCGAAAGGGAUAAAGAGAGGGAGAAAGACAAGGACAAGAACAAAGCCAAGAAAGGCGUGCUGAAAGGCCUGGGCGAGAUGUUCAGGUUUGGAAAGCACCGGAAGGAUGAACGGCCAGGAGACAGGAUGGAGAGGAAGGGCUCCAGUAAAUCUAAAGCUGAGGACAUGCAGGCGUCAGAAGAGGAGACCCUGAGGAUGAAGCUGGAACAAGAGAGAAUACAGGCCAAGACGCGGGAGUUUCGGGAGAAGCAGGCAAAAGAGAGGGAAUAUGCUGAGAUCCAAGACGUUGUCAGCCGCACCUUCAGUUCAGAUGAGGAGCACACCUACGCUGGCAUCGGGUCAUUAGACUCAUCAGUGGAUAGCAGCAGCAUGGAGCCAUACAACCACUACCAUCUCCCUCAGAGUCCCCAGAGCCCUCACCUUCCCUUGAGCCUUCAGGACAACGGCCCUCCACUGGAAGCUCUCUAUGCACAAGUCAACAAGCCGCGCAAUGGACGCCCUGCAGCUCCAGACAGCAGUGAGAUGGCCCCCAGUAACCACGACCGGAUACAACGGCUGAGGCAUGAGUUCCAGCAGGCCAAGCAGGAGGAGGACCUCGAGGACCAUCGGCACACCUACAGCUUCAACCAGCCCUGGGUGAGCAACGGGACGGAGACACAGAGCGGACGGCAUUCAGUAACAGUUGAGACUCAGGUCCAGAAACAGCAGCAAGAUGACAGAGAUGGUUUCCAACAAGCACAGAGGCAGUACAGCUCCCUGCCACGGCAACCUCGUAAGAACCCCAGCACGGCGUCCCAGGAGUCAUGGGAUAAGGGUUACAUGCCACCAGAGGGAUUCCAGACAUCCAAAGAGAACCCUCGCUACUCCGGCGGGCAGGGAUCCCGAAACGGCUACCUGGGAACGCCCAGCUUCAACGCCCGCGUCCUCUUAGAGACACAGGAGUUGCUGAGGCAGGAGCAGAGACGCAGAGAACAGGAGGCCAACAAAGCCAGGCCACCUCCUGCACAGGAAACCCCCAGUGGCAGCACCUACGACCACAACAGAGACCACACUCAGGCCCCAGGCUCUGCCCCUGCACAGGCCCCACCUCAAUCCAAGGGCCCCUACAGACAAGACGUACCCCCGUCGCCUUCUCAGCUCGCCAAGCUCAGCAGACUUCAGGGUUCAGAGAAAGGGAGGCUGUUUUACUCCUGAGGCAGUAACAAGGAACUUUUGGGCGAUUAGGACUGAUUCUGCGGAGCAUUAACAGGGAAAAAUACAAAGAGGGCGAUGAGUCUGAUUUUUUAUAGAAAGCUUAGAUACAAAGAUUUUUAUGGGACUGUUAAUACAAAAUGUUAAUAUUUUUUAAAAAAAGAUGUUUUUUAUCUGAAUAUCUUCAUAUGAAAUGAUAUGAUUAUCCUUUUUCGUUGUAUCGAAAUGAAAUGAUUUGAGAUCUUUUUACUAUCCAGCAUCAUGAUCAUCUAACUCUGUGUAUCAGUGCCUUCUAAGUCCUUCAACUGUCCACCUUUUGUCGCCAUCAUGAUCUGCAGCUUCGACCCAUCCAUCAGAGCAGACACAGCAGAAGACAGUUGGUUUGGGCCACAUCUGACAGCAGUCAUAAUCCAAAGCACAAGACACGACCCAGGCAUGUCAUGUCAGUCGAUACCAUGCUUGUGUGAAUGAGGCUUAUUUCUGUGACUUUGUGGUGCUUUAAGUGACUUGUGUGCACAUGUGUGUGUGUGUGUGUGUGUGUGUGAGUGCUGGGAGGGAUUGGCAUGUAGUGACAGAGUGCGGAGGUUAAGCAGCUUGUGUGAACUGUGGAGUCAGAGCUUGGGUUUUGGGCAUUACCGCUCACCCCUUACCACCCCCUCCUAAGUUCAGGGAAAUGUCCCUUUUGCUUAAGAUACAACACGUACCCAUAGUGUAUGUCCUCCUUCCACCCCUCUGUUGGUGAUUGUUCUAUUCAGUAUGCUAAUCCUGAAUUCUCUCUUCUUCUGCUGGCUGCUUCAUCUCAGUUUUUUCUGCACUCUCAGUGGAGAAAAACAGCUUAAGAUCUCCUUUAUUCCUACGCUGUCCCACCCACCCAUGGAAUCCAGCAGCAUAAAUGGGGUCAGGUCUGGGUUAUUAAUUAUUGUAUCUCAUUAAAAAUGAAUGGGGCCCCUGUGUGUGAAUGUUGUCAUGUAUGACGAGAAGAAAGAAAAAGCGACACUCUGGCCCCGGCCUCGCCUAGAAUGAUUUGGCCGUAACUGAAGCCCGUUGGCCCCGAGGUGUCUGAGUUGUUCUUCGCUGAAUAUUUCAUCAGGGCGGUUACAUGGGAAACCGCAUCACCUCUACAGUGGGUGGCCUCUGUGUGGGUUUGCCUAUCCAUCGGCCCGAUACAAUAGAGUUGAUUUUGUUUUCCUUCCAUGAUUAUGUCCAUUUGUAGAAAACCAGUUGGGAGCUUUUCCGUCGUUCAAAUAAUUAGUGGUGCAUUUUUCAAAGUGUGUUUGUGAGAGUCUGUAUGUAUUUCCUCCGCUGUCAGAACAAGAAGUUAAGUUUUAGUUGUCAGAUUUAGGACUCAUUCUGCAACAUGAGGCUGUUUUUCUUGAAGGGCAAAGGUGAACAUUAAUAUGGUGUUGCAGUUUAUUAUAGACAGGUUUAUUUUAGGUUCAAAUGUGUGUAUCGAUAGGAAGAGGUUUAGAAAUGAUUCUGAUGGAUCAGAUUUUGGAGCCAUUUUGCUGUUCAGUAUUUACAUGCACCACAGCUACACAGCUAACGGCAAACCACGGUUACUGUAGAAACCUGUGUUGCUGUAAAUCUUUUAUUCAGACUUGGACUCAUUGCUUUGUGCACAAUAGUCCUAGCAUCACGUUUCCAGUCUGGAGUCUUUGUCAUUCAAAUGCAUACAUGUAAAAUGCCAAUUAGAAUCCCGGUGACACAUAUACAUGCAUUCUCCAGCAGAAAUCUGCUGGGGGAAGUUGUAAUUCUAACCCCCCAUAAUGAUUAUGAAAACUGGGCUUCUUGUCAACCCACUUAUGAAAAAGACAAUGGUUACCUGGUUACUUGCAGUUAGUGCAUGCAAAUGGAAAUUGUUGAGGAAGUUACAAACAAUGCCAUAAUUGCAAGAUACAUUUUUUUCAUAGUUAGACUAAACCUCCAUAUCACACAAUUAUUGUCAUAAACAAGCAGUGAUUCAUACAGAAAGAAUGAAGUCUAUGACCUAUUAAUAAACAUUAGAAUGAAUUUGUGCCUGCUGAUUCCAGGAUUCUGGUUUUAGGAUUAAGACUUGAACCAGGAUGAAGAUAAAGUUCAUGUUUUCUAUUAGACAUGCAAGGAUCAGGCUCUAGAGGUUUAUUGUGGUCAAGGUUCUAUCACAGCUACAAGGGUACGUAAAAUAGAGCACUAGUAUGUUUGUUCAACUGCCAAUGUUCCAGUGUGCGUGUGUGUGUGUAGGUGGACGUGUUUUAAGUGUCUGCGAACGCUGCCAGUAACUGGAUGCUCCAAUAUGUCUGUGAAUAUGUCUUGGCAGCCAUAUGAACCACUUGGCUGCUGAGUGGGAGAGGAGCAGAGGAGUAGGAGGGAGAGAAGAUGGGAGGCCUGACCUUGCAGAUGAUUCAGUCAAUGGAGUAAUCACAACUAUUCCUCUGAGUCUGCAGUACAAACAGGAGGUUACCAACAAGGCUGCGCUUCAUUCUCACUGUCUCCUUUUCUUCUUCUCUUCUUUUAUCUCCUUCAUCCGUCUGUCAAAUUCCCAUGUUUGUUUUUGUUUGUCAGCUCUGACACAGCAGCUGUUUUAACUGACGUUUUCAUGAACUGGGGGAGGGGUUCAAGUGCCUGCAAUAUCUAACCUGUUUGUUUUUUUCUCUCUCCUCGUAUGCAAAUUUGAUAAUAUCCCAUAAUGCACGUUUAUUAUUUGUGUUGUGUAAUUAAUGUUUGUGCGCCGCCCCUGUGACACAUGGAUUUUUCCCAUAAAGCUAUUGUUUCAGGGGAUUUUUUUUUUUUUUUUUAUCCUGGGAGAAAUGAGAAAUAUAUUGUUAUUGCUUCAUUGUGUUUUUAUGACCAUCCCUCAUUGUGUUUUAUUAUCCACAAUAUGGUACUAUGGCGGUAAAAAAUGACUAAUAUGUAAGCACAGUGCAAUUUUCCUUUUUACAGCAGCGUAUCAUUAAGAACUGUUUCUGCCGUUCUCUGUACAUACAAUAUGAACUUUUUUCAGUGAAUAAAUUGAGGGUAGUUUCAAAUUCUUGUAACUAUAAUUUCCCUUGAUUGUGCUGCUUUAACAUUCACAAAUGGUCUCUCUACUUGAUAACACACCAGUGAAAUCAGAUGCAUAAUUGAAGGCAAGUAAUGAAUAUCUCAUUUCUUGCUGCUACCAUACUGCAGUUUCUAGGCUAGGACUGAUCUAAGAAUUCAGAAUGAAACAUGGUAUGUCGUUUCUUUCUGCAUUAGAAUUACUAAUGUGGUUAUUGUCUUUCAGAUAUAUAUGCAUUUAGUUAAACUAAGAAGACACAUAAACAAAACUUGUCUUUUAGUCAUCUGGUUGCCAGAUCCUUCCUUAUAAAGCUAAAAAUAAAAAAAAAUCAGGAUUUUCUAAACAGUUCUUUUCAUAGCUGGAGGAAUUUGGAAAAAUGUGGCUCCCACAUUUAUUGAGGUGGGAGUGAAAAGGUUCAGUAAAAACACACCCUCU